AUGCAGGAUACCGAUGACGAACUUGAUCUCGCGACCACUGGUCUCCAUCCCAUGGCUCUGAGCAAUGCUAAUCCCAUGUCGCUCGGACCCGAAAACCCACACGUCAUGCAAUUCAUCCAGCUCUGGGAAUGGCAAAGCCAUACAGAUCACCAGCUCCGGGCGAGCGGCCCCGUCCCGCAUCUUCAAGGAAUUCGUCGCUUUGCGAAGGGCGGCCCACGACGGGUUAAUUACAGGCAGCUGAGAGGCGACUAUUUCGACUUUCAGGGCAUCAAUUGGAGGGACCUCGGAGUCACGAGGGGCGCCGCUCGGUUUCGCCGUAUGGCAUCCUUCCAUAACUACGUCAACCGGCCAAAUUCCGACUCGUGGCGGAGUCCAAUGUGCGAUAGGAUGCUACCCCCGGAGGAAAACUAUUUCCGAUUUCAGAGUAUGGAUAUCCGAAAAGACGUGCGGCUGCUACAUUUCCAACUACGGAACAUACUUGGCGUCGCAUCACGCACGAGAGUAUUCUACCCUAGCUUCAACUCGAUCAAGGAACUUGACCCGACCAAGGAGCCCAACGAGGCAAGAGACGGCAACCCUCCAAGAGAGCGCAAUGAAGGGAAGAUAGCGAUGCAGUUCGACAGCCAGACCGCCGCCCACACGUCGACCCUGAGCGCCACCGAGAACAUACUGAUAGCCGGUGGGUUCUACGGAACGUAUCGAUACCGCCACCUCGACUCCGCCGGCGGGCAGGAUUUUCACGAGGGUCGACUCACAAAUCACAUCAGCGGCAUCACAAACCACGUGCAAAUUCACUCGUCCCGGCACUCGUCGACGCCGUUGGCGGCGUUUGCCUCCAACGACAAGGGUUUCCGUGUCGUGGAUCUGUCGCUAAACAAGAUCAUUUCGGAGAACAUGUACGAAUUCGCGAUGAAUUGUUCCGCGCUUAGCCCGGACCAGAGACUUCGCGUCAUAGUAGGGGACCGAGAGAGUGUCCUCAUAACCGACGCCGCGUCCGGGGAGAUCCUCCAGACCCUCGACGGCCAUAGAGACUUUGGGUUCGCCUGCGACUGGGCGCCGGAUGGCUGGACCGUGGCCACCGGAAACCAGGACAGGAGUGUUCGGAUAUGGGACGCCCGCAAGUGGAAGAACAGCAGAGGCGAGAGCACCUCGAUUGCUGUGAUCCGGACCGAGAUGGCUGGCGCGCGGAGCUUGCGCUUUUCUCCCCUCGGAUCCGGGAAGAGGAUCCUGGUUGCUGCGGAGGAGGCUGAUUACAUUAAUCUGAUCGACGCCCAAACGUUUGCGACCCGGCAGACGGUCGACAUAUUUGGUGAGCUCGGUGGGGUCUCGUUCGCCAAUGGAGGCCGCGACCUCAUCGCUUUGUCGUGUGACCUUUGGCGGGGAGGUGUCAUGCGUUUGGAGCGAUGCGACGCCGGCGCGGAAGACACGUUCAGCUACGCACGCAGAAAGGCGGCACAGCCCGGAGGUUGGUGGCGGACCCCCGGCUACGAUUGGAUGCAAAGCCCGGAGCAGGUUGUGGCGGCACCCAAGUCGCAGGAGACACUGACGCAGAAGAGGAGGCAGGCUGCCAUGUCAGAGAACUGGACCUUCUGA